AUGGAGCUCUGGCCGUGGCUGAGCGCGGCCCUGCUGCUGCUGUUGCUGUUGGUACAACUAAACAGCACCGCCAAGUUCUACGCCAAGUUCACCCUCUACUGCGUGCUCUGCUUUGGCACCUCCGCCCUGGCCGCGGUGAUCUGCCUGCUGCGCCACGGCGGCCGCACCGUGGAGAACAUGAGGAUCAUCAGCUGGUUUGUACGCUCCUUCAAGUACUUCUACGGCCUACGCUUUGAGGUCCAGGGCCUCGAGAAGCUGAAGGUGGACCAGCCGUGUGUCAUCAUCUCCAACCACCAGAGCAUCCUGGACAUGAUGGGGCUCAUGGAAAUCCUCCCGGGACGCUGUGUGCAGAUUGCCAAACAGGAGCUGCUCUUCAUGGGCCCCGUGGGCCUCGUCAUGUAUCUCGGGGGUGUCUUCUUCAUCAACCGGCAGCGCUCCAGCACUGCAGUGACCGUGAUGGCUGAAGUGGGCGAACGCAUGGUCAGGGAGAACCUCAAAGUGUGGAUCUACCCCGAGGGCACCCGUAACACAAAUGGAGACCUGUUGCCCUUCAAGAAAGGUGCCUUCUACCUGGCUAUCCAGGCCCAGGUGCCCAUCAUCCCUGUGGUGUAUUCCUCCUUCUCCUCCUUCUACAAUCCUGACACAAAGCUCUUCACCUCAGGAACCAUUAAGGUGGAGGUGCUGGAUGCUGUCCCCACCACUGGCCUCACCGUGGCCGACGUGCCCAAUCUUAUGGACACCUGUUACGGGAACAUGAGGACUACUUUCUUCCGUGUGUCCAAGAUGCCUCAGGAGAAUGGGGCCAGCGGAAGAGCAAGAGUCCAGCCCGCCCAGUAG